AUGUUCAAGUUAUUGGUAUUCCUCGUUGCCAUGGCCGUAGCCACCGCUUCUCCUGGGUACCUGUCAUCUUCUUUGGGCUACAGCACUGGAGGAAUCGGUGUUCCAGGAUCCGUUAGCCGUCAAAGCAGCAGCAGCUACGCCGUGUCUACACCACUGGUUGCCUCUGCUCCAAUCGUCUCAUCCUAUGGUGGAGGAGUCAUAGCCGGACAUGGUGGAUCUUUAUUAAGCUCUGGUUUAGGAGGAUCUUCAUUAGGAGGAUCUUCUUUGGGUGGAUCUUCUUUAGGAGGCUCUUAUGGAGGCUCCGGGUUUGGAGGAUCUUCUUUGGGAGGUUCGUCUUUAGGUGGAUUGGGUGGUUCUAGUUUGGGCGGACACGGAUAUUAUUAA